AUGAAAUUUCUUAUCCUUGCUGGCCUUUUGAUAACUGCCACUGCUCUGCCCAUCCCUCUUGAACAGUCUGGAGGAAGUUCCAGUGGUCAGAGAUUUAACUUUUACCUACCACAAGGACCACCAUUUUUUCCUCAGAUCCCAUCUCUCCCACCUCCACAAUUGCCCCUGAAUACAAACAGUGAAAAGGAAUGA